AUGGAUAACAUACGCACGCUUAUCAAAAAGUCACCUGCUCCUGUCGUUAUUCAGACCUUGCGGACCACGCUCACAUUACCACCUGCUGUGGCGAAUGGCUUGAUCAAUGAUCUUACCAAGCCCAACAAUGAACAAAAAAAGUGGAUCAAAAACAUCAACAACUCCUUUUGGAAAGGAUCAUUGAUUGCUCAAGAUAUCAAAUAUCAAAGCGAUGCUGAUGCCAUUCGCCGUUUACGAAGCGCAGAUGUUGUCAUUUUCGAAAUCCAUGGUGGUGGCUUUCGAACUGGACAUGCGACCAUGUAUAUGCCCAUCUUCAUCAAGUGGUUGAAUGUGCUCAAAGAAAAGCAUGGCCUUGAUGCCAUGAUCAUGUCGGUUGAGUAUGGUCUUGCACCAGCACAUAAAUAUCCAGAGCCUGUAUUGGAAUGUGUUAAAGCAUACAAGCAUCUCACCGAAGAUUUACGCGUACCAGCUUGGAAAGUGAUCUUCUCAGGUGACUCAGCUGGUGGUGCUUUAUGCUUGGAGACGCUGGUUCGAACGUAUGCACCUGAUUUGGCCGAGAACUUUGACGCUCAACGCACCAAUUACAAGAUUGACUUGCCAGCAGGAAUGGUACUUGUAAGUCCUUUGGUGACUCCCGAAACGACAUCUGCAUCGUGGCAAUCCAACGACAAGUAUGAUAUGGUUGGCCAACAGCUUGCCAAGUUGGUGUUUAAGGAAUACCUUGAUUACCCCAAUGUUGAUCCCGACCAGUUACCUAUCUUGCGUAUUGCCCAAAUCCAAUCUGGCUUUUCUCGUUUUGCACCCAAGAACGCUCUUGUCUUUGUUGGUGAAAAAGAAGUGAUGCGAGAUGACAUCAUGAAUCUUAUUGAUGUAGCAGAGCGCGAUGGCCAUGUCAAAGUGCGCACUUGCAAAGAGAAUUAUGCACACGACUGGUACUUGAUCCGUGAAAUCGUAAAGCAAAAGGACAAGCCUAUGCUGGACAUGUAUGACGAGGUGUUUGCCGAUUUUGCUGCAUACGCUGUUGCUGAAGCUGCUACUGAUAAGGAGAAACGACGAAAAAGCAAAAUGAUUUCGAUGCAUGUCGAGCCUACAAAGGAUUUGCAAGCUGAGAUCAAUGAUGCGGCUAGUAAAAGUGCAACAGCUUCUGACAAGGAUGAAGCCGAGACCCCAACAACGCCUAUCCCUGGUGACGAUUCAAAGCCGGAUGAAGCACCAUCCACCAACACCAAUAUCCCCACACCCGUGCCUGCAUCUGCUGAAGCAAACACUAUCACCAUCUGA